AGCUCCUGCAGGCACCCGCUGGAGCAAGACACCUCACAAACUAAAGUUCAAGCUGUGAAUGUGUUUCAGAUGCCCAGCAUAAUCAUGCAGAGGAGGGCAGUGUACUCUGUUUCACUGCUGAGACUCUGACUGGUAGAGUCAGUCAGUGUAGACAGUGAUUUUGUUCCCCUGGGCCUUCUUCAAGUCACAGAGACAGAUUCAAACCAGUGCAACUUGCAGUAGCAGAGAGGACAGGAAAUGGUCCCCAGCACCUCCCUGUGCUCUGCUGGGCUCUGUGCAUAGGCUCUGCCAUUCCUGCAGCCGUGCAUCCCAGCUGCCUGCAGAUCACAUCUGCCUGAUGAUUUCCACAGCAGCUUGGGCACCCAGGGCAGGAAUAUGAGCUGCUGGGAUGGGCGCAGGGUCCGGCGCUCCCCCCGCGGCCGCGCUGCGCUCGGUGCCGCUCCCGCCGCCGAUAGCCGGGACACAGACACCCUCUGAAGUCCCGGGCAUGCUGUGAGCCCUGCUUUAUUUGCUGCAGCAAGAAAAGCCUUUUCUUUUAACCCGGCUUCCUUUGAAGAAGUAACUCAGGAAGCUUCAUGGCCUCUCAAGAAUCUCAGGGGCAAAGCAAACUAAUCUUUAAGGAUUACCUCCCUGGUUCUUCUGACACUCCUCAGCAGAAUACGCCUGUUGAACCAACAAGUCUCUGGAAGCAAGCAUCACACACUCAUAAUUUGCCACCUGGUCUGGAGUACCUGAACCAGCAGCUGGACCAGAUAAUUAUUCAUCAGCAAGUGGACCUUCUGGAAGCCAUCCUUGGCACAGAGACCUCCAGCAAAUACGAGAUAAAGAACCGCCUGGGCCAGAGGGUUUACUUUGCAGUGGAAGAGAACGGCUGCUUUGACCGCAAGCUGUGCUCGCCCCUCCGGGCCUUCACCAUCAGCAUUGCGGACAACGCGGGCCGCGAGGUGAUCCGCGUCAUCCGGCCCCUCCGGUGCACCAGCUGCUGCUUCCCCUGCUUCCUGCAGGAGUUAGAAGUUCAGUCCCCACCAGGUACAGUAGCUGGGUACGUUGUACAGAACUGGGAUCCUUUUCUGCCAAAGUUCACUAUACAGAAUGAAAGCAAAGAAGAUGUGCUAAAAAUAAUUGGCCCAUGUGCAACCUGUGGCUGUUUUGAAGAUGUUGAUUUCGAGGUAAAAACUCUCAAUGAGAUGACAACGAUCGGCAAAAUUUCCAAGUAUUGGUCUGGAUUUGUCAACAACGUCUUCACCAACACCGCCAACUUUGGGAUCCAGGUCCCUGUGGAUCUCGACGUGAGGAUCAAGGCAGUCAUGAUUGGUGCUUGUUUCCUCAUUGACUUAAUGUUCUUUGAAAACUCUUUGGACCGAUUAUAACAAGAUGACAGAAACAAUGAAAUAUGCAGAAUCUGUUUCAAAAUCGCUUGAGCUUUGGACAUGAUUUUGAACUGCAAAAAUCCUUGUUCCUUAUAGGAAAAGACAGGGAGCUAAUGGUGAUGUUUAUUAAAAUAUGUCUCAUGUAAAUAAUAAUUUCCCACUUAUAUUUUUUAUGUGUAAUAGCUAAACACAUACUUUUCACACAGAGCACUGUUGCUUUGGAACAGUGCUAUUCUCUUCUUUCUCUUUUGAUGUUCCUGCAUGGGGAAUCAUGAAAGAUUAGAUGAAGGCUUGCAGCAUCACUGAUGAAAGCCUAAGUUUAGAGAAGCCUUUGAUGUUUUGCAAGUGCUGGUACCAGUUUCUAACCACAUGAGGGUGUGUUCUGGGGGUUUUGCUUUUUUAUAAUUUUAGAAGUAAUUUUCUGAUUUGUUAUUUAAUUAAUAGUAGCAAACUGAUUUGAAAGUAGCAAAUAUAAAGACAUUCCCGAUGGGAAGUUGAAGAUGUUAUCUGUUUCAGCGAGUUGGAAUAAUGGAAGUUUUGUUUGCUAGUAAAUUAAUUUUGUGACAUAGAUUGUUUUAAUGAGUGGCAGCCAGAAAUUGGACUUCCAGCCCUAGACUUGGGAAUAUAAGCUCUAUUCUGAAAAUCUGGUCUUCCACUAUUUGCACUGAAGGCAGGCCAUAGAUGAAGUUUGGGUGAUGGUCCUCUGUGUGCUAGAGGCUCACAAAUCCCUUCCCUUUGUACCAGCCAGGGUUAAGGAUCCUUCCUGCCAUCUGCUCAAGGCUUUCCUGAAAAGGUUUGUUCCUCUUUGUAAUAUCUGGUGGCUGGUAAUUUCUCAUUCGGACUUGCCUGAGGCCAUCCUGGAAUAGAAUUAUUCUUUUCCUUUGGCAAGCUCAGGUAUUUUCUAUGAUGACUGGGCAGAAGGAGCUUUUCACAGUUCAGCAGUUUCACAUGGUUGUUCAUUCCUGCAGCCACACCUCAGUGUUCCCAAACAGUUCCACCAACUUUUGUUUAAUAAAAGCUUCCUUUGUAGGAAUGGUAUAUAUGCAAGACAUAAACAGAUUUUUUUGCUGUUGUUGCAAAUUAUUUGCUGUAUGAACUUGCUUAUGCCUCUGAAAAACUCCCUUCAAGAAGAAAACCAGUACCAUAAAAUAUUGGUGGCAAACACAAUUGCUCUCAUAGUCACCAGUCAAGUUUCUAAGGGGAACAUUUUACAAAUCACUAGAAAUGCUGGAAUUUUUUAAAUUUUUUUUUUAGUGGCAACCAGUAAUUCAAUUCUUGAAAACAAGCAACACAUCAACGGAAAGAGAGGAGAUAAUGAAUAAUUCAUAAAAAUGAAAAAGAGCUAAAUUUAUCAGGUGAUUACUUCUCAACAAAUAUUUAGACUAAUUUUAAAUUAAUGUUCAUGGAUAUGAAUUCAAACACAGUGAAGUCAGGAAGUUGCAACUAACGUUCCCAUAGUGAAAUUAACUCAGGAAUGCUUAUAGAUUUAAACAGUAUGUUUUAGAUUAUAUACCACACUUAGGUAUUUAUACAGAUUUACAUAUGUCUUGAAAAUAAUUGUGGUUAACAAGCUCUGACAAUCAUCAUUAUCUGUUAACCAUUUCACUGCUGGCUCUCGCUGUGGCUCGUGGCAGUGCAAUCAGGCUGCAGGAAUUGGGAGCUCACGGGGAAUCUCUGCUGCCACCUUUCCCGGGAGGAAGCGCCCUGCGAGCUUCGUGGGCCAGAAGCUCCCUCGUGUGGAAAUCCCGGGAUUUGCAGAGGAAUGCAGGAUUUGCAGAGGAAUACAGGAUUUGCAGAGGAAUGCAGGAUGCUUUUUGCUGUUCUCACACUGAUGUUGUUCUGUCAAAUGCAGCUCCCACAUGCCUGACUGUAGACUGAGAAAAAGAACCAGAUUAUGUUUUUUCUCUUUAAAUCCCUUUGCCAUUUUAGACAGAAGUCACUGCUGUUGUAGCCCAUAAUCUUGGCUGUGGUGCACUGUUACUGAGCUGUGUGUGGCUGAGCACUCGACUGAAUUCACUGCCUUAAGCUGAGCAGAAUCCCCACCCAUCUUCCACUUUUCCCCUGAAAUUUCCAGUCCUCUUGUGGCCCUUUACAAGCCAAAGAUGUCUCUAAGCAAAUGUGUCCAGCCUCAUUGAAGCCAGCACAAAAUAAGGUUUUACUUACCCACAGGGCUGAAUUUGGCUGUGAGCAUCCAUGUAUAUACUUUGUAGGUAAGCAAUAUGUGCAUAUAAUUUUCAAUUAAUUCCAACCAGAUGAUAACAUGGGAUUUCUCACAGUGACUUUGUUGCUGUUUUUUGUGUUAAUACAAAGGAUUUUUGCUGUUAAUGUGUAUGUAUAUGAAUAUGUUUGAAUGCCUCUGUUUACACUCAGGGGCAGCUUUUGGGGCAUGCAAGAACAGGCUCAUCCCCUGGAUAAAACAAGCAGUGGGGCUGGGACAGCUCUUGGUGCUUAGAACUCCCUCAGCAGGCUGCUUGCCCUCUGUGCCACCCUUCAGCAUGCUGGUGGAAAUUCAGUGCCAUUGCCAGUGCUUUUCCAGCUGGGAGAUCACUCAUCUGGACCACAGCUGUCACACAGGGCAGGGAUCCAUCCUCAGCAUGGAUUCUGCAUGAUGUUGCUAAAGAAGAGCUAAUGUGUUCUAAGAUCUUAACAACCUGUAUCUCUAAAUAAUAACUUUUUCUUAUUAAUAGCAGUAUGUUUCAUGUUAUUGGAGCUAUAUGCUCACUUUUCACAGUUCCCCCAUAGGCUAGGAGUGGGUCCCAAAGGAGAAUCCAGAAUCUCCCAAAGGGUCACAAAGUUUUUCUAAAGCAAACUCAUGUCCUGGAUAUCAUCUAGAAAAAAACGUGAUUGCUCUAAAGAAACGGAAAUUUUACUUCAUCCAGCAAAGCAAAUAUUUCUGAUCAGUAGCCAAACUGUAAAUCUGUGUAGUUCACACUCCUUGUGUUCAGUAGAUGGCAGCAACAGCUCAUUAUGACAGUGUUUAACUUUUCACACAUCAUCCUUUUUUCACCCAGGAUGCUGAUGGAAGUUCAACAUACCUUUAACCUCCAAUUAGAUUCUACUCUUAACUGAAGGAUUUUAUUUUCUCUGUCUGCUAUUAAACCUUUGCCACACAAUACUGGAUUAUCUUUACUGCCUGCAUUUACAGCUGAACUGAUUGUUAUUUUAUGAGAUCUGAUCAGGGCAUGGGCAGAAUACAGUCUACCACAAAGUGAGCUCCUCUGGUCAGUACCCAGCCUAGUUUUUUGCACCUGGAGCAUCUCUCCAGCUUCUGCAGGUGGGCAGGGGAGAAGCCCCAGCCCCAGGACGCUUCCCAUCUGCAGAAACAGAAGGUGCCAUGUGUAAAGGAGAGUGCUGUGUGGUGCUGUACCUAGAAAAGGUUUCUAUGGGGAAAAAGUCGUGUCCCUGUGUGCUGGGGCAGAGUGGGGGAAAUCCCUGUAGUGCCACAAACCCAGGUGGCACCAGCACGUGGGGAGAAGUUGGUUUGCCCAUGGGAAGACCAGGCACUUCCUGUCAGAGAGUGAAGACACAGAGUCACUGUAAGUUCUGAGAUUCUUUGGUUGUCUGCUAAUUUGGUGCAUGCAAAAGUACUUCUCUUCAUAGGCAUUGCUGUCUGUAUUAAAAAAAUAUUUUUGAGUCAAUUUGUUUAUUUGUUGGAUUAGACAAACCUGGAAAUUAUCCAAAAUGCACAUUUUCUAAUAGAGUUGUCUAAAUGAAGCUGUUUUGGGGA